AAUAUGGAUGAGAUCGAUCGCCGUGACAGCCGCUGUUCAUGAUGGUUCUGCGCUCCUGAACUCUUUCUUUGCCAAAACACACUAAUCUCCCCGUUUCGUCCCAUCUGUAGAGUUCAAGUGUUGUUUUGCAUCAGUCUGCUAGCCCCGUGCUAUGAUUCUGCCCACAUCAACUGUCUUUUAUUGACCUGACCGAUAUCACUCAUAACAUGGCCAUCACACAGUUUCGCCUUUUUAAAAUAUGCACCUGCUUGGCAUCUAUUCUUUCAUUUUUUAAAAGACUGAUUUGCAGGACUGGAAGGUCACGUAAGCUGAGCGGGGAUCAGAUCACCCUCCCAACCACAGUUGACUAUUCCUCUGCAUCUAAACAGCCGGAGAUUGAAGAGUGGAGCUCAUGGGAUGAAGAAGCACCCACCAGUAUCAAAAUUGAAGGCGGUAACGGGAUAGUUGCACCUCCACAGAAUCAGGCUGAAGAAGAAGAGCCAGACUACUUUAAAGACAUGGCUCCAACCAUCAGGAAAACACAAAAAAUUGUCUUGAAGAAAAGGGAACCUCUGAAUUUCUCUAUGCCAGACAGCUCCUCAGGUUUCUCCAGCCGACUAGCCGCAACUCAGGACAUGUCCUUCAUCCAGCCUGCUGCAGAGCUGGGGGAUCUGGACACCUGGCAGGAGGACAACAACGCCUGGGAGGAUGAAGCAGAUGCAGCCUGGGAGGCAGAGGAAGUGCUGAGGCAGCAGAAGAUGGCAGAGCGAGAGAGACGUGCCAUGGAGCAGCAGAGGAAGAAAAUGGAGAAAGAGGUGCAGAGAAUGAUGAAAAAAGAGCAGAAGAUCGCUGUCAAACUCUCAUAACAUUAACACAGCGCAACCGGACACUCUAAACCACAGCCAAACAACUGUAGAUUGGACAUUUUUACCUGGUUUCAUUCCAUCUGCCACACUGCUGUCUUCAACUCUGUUAUGGGCUAUUUUUUUAUAAGUCAGGUUGUGUGUUUGUUUUUUUUGUAUUGGAUGGAAAACAGCACAGAGAACUACUUUCUCCCUUCAUUUUUGCGUUAUUGUGACUGUUCUUACCAUGUGCUUGAUUAAAAUAGAAAAAACACAGUUUUUUUAAUUUCAGUAUUUAUAAUACUUGAACAAUUAUGCCCAAAAUCAUACGGAAUUCUGUUUCUUUUUUAAUUUUGUUUUUAUUUUUUGCCUUUUUCCUAUCUGUUUUUCUUCAUCAGAGUCUUGUAACUGUACUUCAAACACUGGAUUUCACCAGAUAUGGGUGAUCUCAAUCAUUUUAAAUUAUCAACAGAUUUAUGCAA